AACCAUGUUUACCUGUAACACUUGUAACCUUGAGUUCCCCACUGCUGGGGACCAGAGAACCCACAUGAAAUCAGAAUGGCACAGAUACAAUUUAAAGAGAAGAGUGGCGCAAUUACCACCGCUUGACGAAGAGACCUUCAACACCAAAGUCAUGGCUUUGAGUACCACAGAAGAAGCUCCCAAGAAGAAGGAGAAGCAAAUCACCAAGAAAGAGCAAAGAAGAAAAGAGAAGGAAGCCUUGCAACAGCAAAAGAGAGAUCUUCUUGAACAAGCCAAAAGGGCUAUGAUGGAAAAGAUCAAGAACGGAGAAAUUCCCGCAUUCAAGGAGGAUGACAAACUGGAAAAGGGCGAGGACGCUUCUGAUGAAGUUGAAAACGAAAAAGAGCCAGAAGUACCAGUGAACGAAGAACCAGCGGAAUCCCAAGAACAGGAGAAGCCAGAAGAAGAACUCACAACAGAGGAACUUGAAGAAAGACUCAUCAAAUUGAAACUUGCCAAUAAAAUCGAAAUAAAACCAACCACCUGUUUGUUUGCCCACCCCAAGCAAAACCAUAACUUUGAUACAAUUGAAGAAAAUAUCGAGCACAUGUUCAAGAGCCAUGGUCUUUACAUUCCAGAAACAACUUACUUGGUAGACAAAGAAGGAUUAAUCAAUUAUCUCGCGGAGAAAAUUGGCUUUGGAUUCUGUAUCUCUUGUAAUUACCAAGGUAAGAAUGCUGAAGCAGCAAGAGAACAUAUGGGCACAAAGAGACACAUGAGAAUUCCUUAUGAAACUGAAGAUGAAAAAUUAGAAAUUUCCGAAUUUUAUGAUUUCAGUUCUACUUAUGAAGACUACAGGAAUCAAAAUGUGGUUGCAGCCGAAGACACACAAAAUGAUGAAGGGGAUGAAGAUUGGGAGGAUGUGGACGAUGAUGAAGAUGUUGACUCACAAGAUGAAGAUGAUGAAGAUGAUGAUGAAUUGCCUCCAACCAAGGAUGCUAUUUACCAACAUGGUCAUGAACUUUAUUUACCUUCUGGCACAGUCCUUGGCCAUAGAUCCAUGGCAAGGUACUACAGACAAAACUUGGCACCAGAAAGAAUUUUGUCUGAAGGCCAAGGAACUGUGAUAGCUGCUGAAACCAGACACAUGUUAACCAUCAAGGAUAGACAAGAAUUGGCUACCAAGAAGAGAGCAUGGGGACAUCAAAAGAAGAGAGAAGAUGUCAACGAUAGAAGGGCAGCCAAGUUUAUCAACAACCAACCUCACUUUAGAGAUCCAUUAUUGCAAUAAACUUAUUUAUGUAUUAUUAACAUUUUUGCAUUUAAGGAGUUUGUCCUGAAUAAACUAGCAUGACUGACAUUGAACGAAAUGGGGUUAACUGCACAUUGAUUUGAGCAACAAUAUACUAAGUGGCACACAAUGUACGCUCUCGAUUACCUUGGAAGUUAUAGACAUUUAUGAGCUUUCCAAAAAGCUUAUCUAGGAAUUGUACAACUUCAUUAAACUCCGAGUUUCGUCUGAGUCGCUCAAUGCGGUUGAAUAAAUAUUUGAUAUAUACAUGCGAUAUAAAUUAACGUGCUUCACAGGGUC